UCGUCGGCUUCUGUUUCCAAUUUAUACCUUCACCCAAUUAAUAAAUGAAGAAAAUAACUGAAAAAAUUGAAAGAAAAAUAAAAAGUCUGUAGCCGCGCUCGAUCUUUGCGGCUCUUUCGAUCUUCGAAGGAUUAGGGUUUUCAAUCUCCACUGCUCAUCUUUUGCCCCAAUUUCUCCCGCAUCCCUCGUUUAAAAUUUGAGCUAAAUCCUCAAAUUUCAUGCCUGGAUUCGAUUUUUGAGCUCACAGAUCUACUCAGCUCGCUCUAUUUAUCAUUUGCUUAGCCAUCCGUCUCCACCCAUAGCAACACGGCCGCGCAGACGCCAUGUUCUGGAAGCUCACUGCUAUGUCCGCCUCAUCUCCUGUUGAGGCUGUGCUGGAUAAGGAAAAUUUUACUUUGGAAGAACUUUUGGAUGAAGAAGAGAUAAUCCAAGAAUGCAAAGCAUUGAAUAGCCGUCUUAUUAAUUUUUUGAGGGAUAGGGCUCAGGUGGAGCAGCUACUGCACUAUAUUGUUGAGGAGCCUCCUGAAGAUGCAGAUAGCAAACGAACUUUUAAGUUUCCUUUCAUUGCCUGUGAAAUUUUUACGUGUGAAAUUGAUGUCAUCUUGAAGACUUUGGUGGAUGAGGAAGAGCUUAUGAAUUUACUCUUCUCUUUUCUGGAACCAGACCGUUACCAUAGUGCACUGUUGGCUGGGUAUUUUAGUAAGGUUGUGGUAUGUUUAAUGCUGCGGAAGACCGUUCCUCUAAUGAAUUAUGUUAAGGCUCAUCAAGAUGUAUUUAGGCAGCUGGUUGAUUUGAUUGGUAUCACAUCCAUAAUGGAGGUCUUGGUGCGACUUGUAGGUGGAGAUGACCAUCUCUACCCAAAUUCUUUGGAUGUGAUGCAGUGGUUGGCUGACAGCAAUUUGUUAGAAAUGAUUGUCGAUAAACUUAAUGACUCAAAUCCCCCUGAAGUACAUGCUAAUGCAGCAGAAACAUUAUGCGCUAUAACCAGGAACGUGCCAUCUCCUCUGGCCACUAAACUAUCGAGUCCAGGCUUCGUGGGUAGAAUAUUUGGUCAUGCACUUGAAGACUCCCAUUCAAAAUCUGCCCUUGUCAACUCUCUGUCUGUUUGUAUUUCACUAUUGGAUCCAAAAAGAUCAAUGCCUUCACCAGUAUUUUACUCUUUCAGAAGUCAACAUGUGUAUGAACCACCAGUGCAUGUCAAUCCUGAUACAGUUGGUGCUAUGCUUCCAAAACUAGGAGAGCUCCUGGUGCUUUUGAAUGUUUCAUCCGAUGAGAAGGUUUUACCGGUGACAUAUGGUGAAUUGAGGCCUCCUCUUGGAAAGCAUCGAUUAAAGGUUGUGGAAUUCCUUGCUGUGCUGCUAAAAACUGGCAAUGAAGUGGCAGAGCAGGAAUUGGUCAGCUCUGGGACAAUUCACAGAGUCCUUGAUCUCUUUUUUGAGUACCCCUACAAUAAUGCUUUACAUCAUCACGUGGAGAGCAUAUUAUAUUCAUGCUUGGAAAGCAAAAGUAGUACCAUUGUUGAUCAUCUUCUUGUGGACUGUAAUCUGGUAGCUAAGAUUCUUCAAGCAGAGAAAAAUUCGACACUUGGUGAACUUAAUCAGCAGCCAACUCUGCCUGCUUCUGGAAGAUCUGCUCCUCGAGCAGGAUACUUUGGGCACUUGACACGUAUAUCAAAUAAAUUAAUUCAGAUGGGGAAUAUUGAAAUUCAAAAGCAUCUUCAGGAAAACAGUGAGUGGAAUGAGUGGCAGACUACUAUCUUACAGGAGCGUAACAUAGUCGAGAAUGUUUACCGGUGGGCUUGUGGCCGGCCAACUGCACUUCAAGACAGGACCAGGGAUAGUGACGAGGAAGAUGUUCAUGACAGGGACUAUGAUGUUGCAGCUUUGGCAAAUAACUUGAGCCAAGCAUUUAGAUACAGCAUAUAUGAUAAUGAUGAUGCUGAGGGUAAUGUAUCUCUUGAUCGUGAUGAUGAGGAUGUUUACUUUGAUGACGAGUCCGCAGAAGUUGUAAUUUCAUCCUUAAGGUUGGGUGACGACCAUGGGAGCAGUUUGUUCACAAAUUCCAACUGGUUUGCGUUCCAAGAUGACAGAUCUGGUGGUAAUGAAGCUACCGGCACCUCAUCUUCUGAUGCGCUAGACAAUCUUAAGUUGAAUGGUACAUCAAAUGGUGGUGACAGCAGCGCUGAUGAUGAGGUAGUGGUUGGAGAGAUUGAGGAAUUAUCCGCAAGUAAAACUUCUAGCAAUGGCUCAUCUGCUGCCACAAAUCCUUUUGUUGAUGAGUUCAUUGCGAACAACUCCAGUGUUGGUGACUCAGUGAAUGAGAAAACUGGUGCCUCCAACGACCUGGGUUUCUUUAAUUUUGAGGCACCAGAAAAUGACGAUCCAUUUGAAGACAGGCCAAUGCCUGAAUGGGUAGCAUGGGGUGAAGUUUCAGAUCUUCAAGUUGGUGGGUCUAGCCUGAACCCCUUUGAAGACGAAGGUGGCAUGGCAGACAACAAUGUGCAUUCUGUAGAGGCGAGUAAUGCUUCGUUUAGUACCACUUCAAGUGGAGGCUCCCUACCAAAUGGGACAUCCAGUUCUGCUGAUUCCUGCAACGACUCAGAUAUGCCCGAUUCUAGUCAGAGGAGUGUUGUUGCGCCUUGUUUGUUUGAAGAGGAUGUUGAGUUUAUUGGCGUAGAGUUAGAGGGUACAGAAAAGGCUAUGGAGCAUGCUCUGAAGGAAGGAAUUGUAGGAGAAGCGGGGCCGCUAAAAAGGAAUAUCAUACCAAAUAGCCUAGAGGAGUCAGAUGAUGGCGGUGCUGGUAUGAAGAAGGAAUUCAAUGACGCCAAUUAUUGGAGAGUUGAUCAGGAAGUUGCAGUGUCAGAAUAAACUAGAAUCAACCUCCAUGGUGGUGCGUGCCGUGGAGGAUUAUGCAGCUGACAUAUGUACAGUAGUACGGUAUGUUCUUGUUUGAUUAAAUGGGAUGUUAGUUGUUGUGUCUCAUUAUUUAUUUCAGGGUUGCUUCAGUUUUGUCCAAGUUAUUUUGGGGGCAUUCUCCCCCCGUCUUUUCAUUAAGACGUUCACAUUUGCUGACAAUGAAGAGACCAUUAGUUGUGUAAGAUGAAAUAUCAAGUGAUGUUUUCACUUUAUAGAAUGCGUUGAGUUGGUUAAUAGUAA